CGGGUGGAACGCACAGGCCGGAAGUUGGCCGUACAAUAUUUUCCGGGGUUAGAGCAGUGGUUGGUGCGGAGAGGUAGUAUUUAGAAGGACCCAAGCAUCUGUACAAUGAUGUGAUGAUGGAGAAUCACCAGUUCCUCACAUCACUGGAUGGAUCCAGUAACAGAGAUAUCCCAGAGAGAUGUCCCCGUCUUCUUUAUUCCCAGGAUUGUAUAGAGAAGACUCACAGGACCCCACAGGAGGAUCGGAAUGAUGGAAUGACUGUGAUUAAAGUAGAAGUUAUAGAGCGAGAAGAAGAGACGUAUGUGAGGGGUGAUCAGCAGUGUAAGGAGGAGGAAAUCCCUACAGAUAUCAGCACAGAUGGACCCAGUAAGAGAGAUACCCCAGAGAGAUGUCUCCAUCCUCUUUAUUCACAGGACUGUACAAAGGAGAUUCACAGGACCACACGGGAGGAUCAGGGUGAAGAUAUGACUGAUGUUAAAGUUAAAAAUACAAAGGAAGAAGAAGAGACGUAUGUGAGCGGUGAUCAGCAGUGUAAGGAGGAGGAAAUCCCUACAGAUAUCAGUACAGCAUAUGGAUACAGAAGCAGGAUUACAUCAGAGCAAGAUCUAAGUUUAUCUCCAGAUUAUGGAAUAGAAGAUAACGGAAUCACCCGAGAUUUUCCAAGAGAAAACCCUAUUUCCACAAUUAUACAAUCAGUACUACACUGUGUGGAUAUGUCAUCUGAUCCUACUUAUCAUGAGGAAUGUUCUGUAAGCUCAGAAGCUGCAUCUAUUACAGCUCUUCCAGCAGAUACAAUACUUCCCUGUUCAAUAGAUGCCAAUUGUUUUCCACAGAACACUAAGCACAUUACCCAUAAGCCAGAUAAAACAGGAGGGAAGCCAUUUCCAUGUUCUGAGUGUGGAAAAUGUUUUAUACAGAAAUCAACUCUGGUCAUGCAUCAGAGAAGUCACACGGGUGAGAAACCAUUUCCAUGCUCUGAUUGUGGAAAAUGUUUUACACAGAAAUCAGAUCUUUUAAAACAUCAGAGAACUCACACAGGUGAGAAGCCAUUUCCCUGUUCUGAGUGUGGGAAAUGUUUUACACAGAAGCCACAUCUUGUUCAACAUCAGAGACGUCACACGGGUGAGAAGCCAUUUUCCUGUACUGAUUGUGGGAAAUUUUUUACCCACAAAUCAGCCUUAGUUAUACAUCAGAGACUUCACACUGGUGAGAAGCCAUUUCCAUGUUCUGAGUGUAGGAAUUGGUUUACACACAAAUCUGCUCUUGUUUCACAUCAGAGAAGUCACACAGGUGAGAAGCCUUUUUCAUGCUCUGAGUGUGGGAAAUGUUUUACAGAAAAAUCGUCUCUUGUUACACAUCAGAGUUUUCACAAAGGCGAAAAGCCAUUUCCGUGUUCUGAGUGUGGGAAAUGUUUUACACAGAAAUCGGGUCUUCUUACACAUCAAGUAACUCACACAGGUGAGAAGCCAUUUUCAUGUUCUGAGUGCAGGAAAUGUUUUAGAGACAAAUCAGCCCUUGUUUCACAUCAGAGAAUUCACACAGGUGAAAGACCAUUUUCAUGCUGUAUGUGUGGAAAAAGUUUUACCGAGAAAUCCUCUCUCGUUACACAUCAGAGAACUCACACAGGCGAGAAGCCGUUUCCAUGUCCUGAUUGUGGGAAAUUUUUUACGCAGAAAUCCAAUCUUGUAAAGCAUCAAAGAAUUCACAGAGGUGAGAAGUCAUUUGUACAUUCAGAUAAAGGGAAAUGACAGAAGUCAGAUCUUGUUAAUAUUAACAUUAUUCAGACACAUGUACAAAGGAGAACUUUUUUUACUACUGUAAAGUAUAUUAUCUAUGUAAAAAUUCUCAUUAAACAUAGUAUUUCUCCUAA